AUGGCUAUCGCUCAAUUCAAGAUCGCUUCCCUUCUUUCCGCCGUUGCGCUCGCGCUUCCUCUCGUCGCCGCUCACGGACACACCGACAAGUGGACUUUCGGUGGAGUCGAGCACCCGGGUUGGAACCCUUCGAACGCCCAGGCGUACAACAACGGGAUCACCGCCCAACGACCCUCGAAAAACUCUGACCAGGGUUACACCGACUACACUUCAGGAAUCGUCGCCUGUGGAGGUCCUGAUGCCGGCAGCGGUCUCGAGACAUGGGAUCUCAAUGCCGGAGACGAGAUAUCCGUCAGCUGGGAUACUUGGCCCGAGUCUCACAAAGGGCCGGUAACUGAGUACAUGGCUUACUGCGGAGCGAGCUGCGACGGAGUUGCAGCUGACAGUCUCGAGUGGUUCAAGAUUCAAGAAGAUGGAUUCAGCGGUGGAGUCUGGGCGAGCGAGACGAUCGCGAAGACCAAGAAGUGGAACUUCAAGAUCCCUGCUGAACUCGCUCCCGGAGCCGUCUUGGUUCGUCACGACAUCCUCGCCAUGCACACCCAGGGCGGUCCCCAAGUCUACCCUUACUGCUUCCAAGCCAACUUGAAGUCUUCCGGUACCGUCAAGCCGGCCGACACUGUCACCUUCCCCGCUGCGUACACGAUGAACACCGACUUCUUGCAACACAGCAUCUACAACGGAGACAACGCCGCCUUUGUCGCUCCUGGACCUCCCGUCUACAACGCUGGUUCUGCCCCGGCCCCGGCCCCGGCUCCUUCGUCUUCCGAGGCCGUCCCGGUUCCUUCGUCGUCGUCGGCCGCUGAACCCGUUCCUUCGUCGACCUCUGCCGCCGAGCCUGCGCCUACCACUGUCGAGCCCGAGUACCCCACCGAGCCUACCACUUCGACUGUCGACGAGGCUUCCACCGCCACUUCCGGUCCUGCUCCUACCGUUUCGGACUUCACCCCAGUUGAGCCUUCUGCCACUGCUGAACCCGAAUACCCUGCGCCCGUCCCGACCUCCAGCACCUCGGAGACCGCCCCCGUCGAGACCUCUGCUGCUCCUGAGCCCGAGUACCCCGCUCCCUCCGCUUCGGCUCCCGUUGUCACUGCCCCUGCUGAGACCAGCGCUGCCGCCCCUGCCCCUACCGGAGGAGCGGGUGGGGCCAACUUGCAAACCGCCACCGGAACCAUCGGAGGAGCCGCUCCUGGAGUCUACGCAUCCGGCGAGAAGUACAAGACUGGAAGCAACACCUUCAACUUCUUGCCUGACGCUCUCUACAGGAGCUGUGACGAGCAGCGAAACGCUUGUUACGACUUUGCCAACUCUCAGUACGGCCAGACCGGCACUAUUCAAGGCCAGUGCGAGACCCAGGCUUCGUCCUGCAAGUCGAGCAUCUCUUGGUCCAAGAGGUCCGUCGCCGCUCGAUGGGCCAAGAGGGGUGCUUCGAUCUACUAG